GUAUUGGAUGGUACAAAUCUUUCAUGAAGCGUCAUCCAAAUAUAUCUGUCAGGACAAAAGAAGGUUUAUAUGAUAUAUUGAGUGAUCCAACAAGAAUUUUUAAUGGUGAUGAAACCGGGUUUUCCUUGUGUCCCAAAACAAAAGCAGUUUUAGCUCCCAGGGGUUGUAAAGAUGUAUAUGAAGUCUCAGUAGGGAAUUCAAAAGAAAAUUUAACCGUCAUGUUUGUAUUUAGUGCAGCUGGAGUGAUGUGUCACCCGAUGGUUGUGUACAAUUACAAAAGAAUUCCUCAAAAUAUUUUGAGCUCAGUACCGACUAACUGGGGAAUUGGUCUGUCUGACAGUGGUUGGAUGAAAUCUGAAACGUUCUAUGAGUUUAUUGCAAAUAUUUUUCAUCCUUUUUUACUACAGAAUAACAUAAAACUACCUGUAAUUUUAUUUGUUGAUGGCCAUAAAAGUCAUCUCACAUAUCAACUUAGUACACUUUGUUCUGACUUACAAAUUAUUUUAGUUGCCCUAUACCCUAAUUCGACUAGGAUAUUACAACCAGCCGACGUAGCUGCUUUUCGCCCACUCAAAGAAGGUUGGAAAAGAGGAGUAUUUGAGUGGAGGAAACAAAAUUGUUCAAUGGCGGCUGUAACUAAA